AUGGACCCAGCACCACCUUCGAUCUGGCGAUGGGUCAUUGGCUUCCUUAUGGUCGGCGCUUGCUGGGGCCUAACGAUCCCGUUCAUGAGGAAAGCAGCACUUGAACGAGACAAGCAGCCAAAGGCAUCGCGACCUUUCCUGUCCGAUUCAAAUGUCCCCUGGAUCAAGAAGAAGGUGUUUGGCAUCAUAUAUGCAGUCUUUGAUCUCCUACGCAGCCCGAGAUAUGCCAUUCCACUGCUACUGAACGUUACUGGCUCAGUAUGGUUCUUCUUGUUAAUAGGACAAGCUGAGCUUAGUCUUACGGUCCCGAUCACCAACUCUUUGGCCUUCCUGUUUACUGUGCUUGGAGAAUGGUAUGCAGAAGGCAAAGUCAUCUCAAGAGAUACAUGGAUAGGCAUGGGCCUAGUACUUGGAGGCAUAGCUCUUUGCGUCCAUUCAAAGACUUCGUAG